ACAUUCAAAGUUAGUUGUCAUUAAAAAAUUAAUGUUGCCGCAUGGAACAUCCAAAUCCAAUAUGCUCAAUAUAUAAACGACAGUAUCAUCACGUGAAAGAUCACAUUUUAUACUAACAAAAAAUAAAAGAAACACAAAAUGGGUAUGUGGUGGCGGUGCAUGUUUCUUUUAAUCGGAGCAACCAUAUUGGUAGCGGAGCCGGUGGUGGCGGUGAGUGACGCUCUUUCACUUAAAACGAGUUCACGAUGGAUCGUGAAUCAAGAUGGAGAAAGAGUGAAACUAGCGUGUGUAAAUUGGGUUUCUCAUUUGGAUGCUGUGGUGGCUGAAGGGCUUAGUAAAAAGCCCGUGGAUGUGAUUUCUCAUGGAAUAAAGUCCAUGGGCUUUAACUGUGUUAGACUCACUUGGCCUAUUCUUCUUCUCACAAAUCAAUCUCUUUCUUCUCUCACUGUUAGACAAUCUUUUCAGAACCUUGGCCUUCUUGACACUAUCGCUGGUUUCCAAUCUAAUAACCCUUCCAUCAUCGAUCUUUCCCUCAUACAUGCUUUUCAGGCAGUUGUGAAAAGUCUUGGGGACAAUGAUGUGAUGGUGAUUUUGGACAACCACAUGACCCAACCAGGAUGGUGUUGCAGUAACACUGAUGGCAAUGGCUUCUUUGGUGACCAAUAUUUUGACCCGAACCUUUGGAUUUUGGGCCUCACCAAAAUGGCCACCCUUUUCAAUGGAGUGCCUACUGUGGUUGCCAUGAGCUUGAGGAAUGAACUCAGAGGCCCAAAACAGAAUGUCAACGAUUGGUACAGGUAUAUGGUGCAAGGAGCUGAAGCAGUUCAUGCAUCAAAUCCAGAUAUUCUUGUCAUACUAUCUGGAUUAAAUUUUGACAAAGACUUGUCAUUCAUUGCCAAAAGAGCAGUGAACUUAACAUUCACCGAGAAACUAGUAUUUGAAGCACACUGGUAUGGUUUCACUGAUGGUCAAGCUUGGGAAUCAGGGAACCCAAAUCAAGUAUGUGGACAAGUGUCUGGAAAUAUGAAGAGAAUGUCUGGUUACUUAGUGAACCAAGGGUGGCCUUUGUUUGUGAGUGAAUUUGGGAGUGACUUAAGAGGUACCAAUGUCAAUGAUAACCGUUUUCUUAACUGCUUUAUAGCAUAUGCAGCUGAUCUUGAUUUGGAUUGGGCCUUGUGGACAUUAGUUGGAAGUUACUAUUUUAGACAAGGGGUUAUAGGAAUGGAAGAGUUUUAUGGGAUUCUCAAUUGGGAUUGGACCCAACUUAGAAAUAUUAGCUUCAUACAAAGGAUUGCUUCCCUCCAACUUCCUUUUCAAGGUCCAGGCAUAACAGAAGGAAGUCCACACAAACUAAUAUUCCAUCCUUUAACUGGUCUUUGUGUGAUAAGAAAGUCACUUGUAGAGCCAUUAAUGUUAGGUCCAUGCUCUCUUUCUGAUGGUUGGAAUUACUCACCCCAAAAGACAUUAUCAAUAAAAGGUACAUACUUUUGCAUUCAAGCACAGAAACAAGGAGUGCCAGCUAUACUUAGCAUAAUGUGCUCGGAUCCUAACUCUAUAUGGGACAUGAUCUCAGACUCCAAGUUGCAUCUUUCAUCAAACAUUAAUAAUGGAACAAAGGUUUGUCUAGAUGUUGAUGAUAACAAUGUUAUUGUGACCAAUGCUUGUAAAUGUUUGAGCAAUGAUCAUACAUGUGACCCUGCAAGUCAAUGGUUCAAACUUAUUGACAGUGGGAGGAGGUUAAUCUCGACAACCUCAACAUUGUCCGAGCUAAAUUUGUUGGAGCUUUUUAUGAAACGGUUGUGAUGUUUUUUCCCUAUUAUCUUAGUGCAAAUUUGCUUGACCGUGUAUUUUUACUAAAAUUAUCCCUUACAAUUAAUCCAAUUGUAAGCAUCUGGUGAAUGAAUAUUCACAUAGGGCUAUGUGGACGUUCAAAAGGAGCGGUCGAACUGGUCUCGAAUUUUUAGUGCGUCGAAUUGUCUCGAA